CAUCUCUACACCUCGCUACUUCUUCCACCUCCACGUCCUUUGCUUUACCUGACAGUUUGCAUAACCUCAAUCUCAUAUCAAGUGUGCAGUGCCUAAUCUAAUGAAGGAAAGGAACAUUGUGAAUCAAUAGAUGUACUAUCAUGGGUUAUGAAAAACUCUCUGGGGAACUGCAGAUAUUCAGAAAUGGAACUGAGUCUAUCGGAAUACGGCCAAAAAAUUCUGAAAAGACAGAAGAAUGCGGAACUGUAACAGUCAAAGAAUUUUUCGGUAACAUUAUAGAUGGCCCUAUAUGCAAUAAGUUGAAUAUGAAUGAAAUAACCUUUCUUGAUCUAGCAUACUGCAAUUUAAGAGACUUACCAAUUCCGUGGCUUAUUCCCAAUUUGAAACAUCUAGGGUUAUCACAUAACAAAUUCGUAAAAGUACCUGCAUGCCUUUAUAGUAGCUUAAGAUAUUUAGAAUCAUUAGAUCUCAGUCACAAUAAGAUAGAUCAUUUCGAUAUGGAACCAGAGUGCCUACGUCAUAUCAGAAAACUGAAAUUGAACAAUAACGAACUAAAAUCGCUGCCAGAAUGGUUGUUGAUAUUCAGAUGUACAAACCUAGAGGAAUUAAAUUUUAGCUCGAACAAAGCUGAUCACUACAAAUAUUAUAAAAACAGUUAUAACCUCAACAUAAUGCAGCUUAGGAAAUUGAAGCUCAGAAACUGUCAUCUGAGGGACAGCGACUAUGGUCUUUUAAAGUGUUUCGGUAAAUUGGAGUACUUAGAUAUAAGUAAUAAACAUAAAAAUACCGUUAACAGACUACACGAGGUAGACGAUCUCUUUGUGAGACCAAAGUGGCAACAAUUGAAGGUACUGAAGAUGAAUCACUUAUCCCUGUCCAUAUUUCCUGAAGGUAUCGCUUGGCUCGAAACAUUGACUGAACUACAUAUCAACAAUAAUUCGAUCUCGUGGUUGUCAGAUGGCAUGGAGUUCAUGGUAAAUUUGGAGGUUCUGGAUGUUUCUCAUAACGUUUUAGUAGCAAUACCAGCCGUUAUAGGAAAAUUGGAAGGUUUGGCAGUAAUCUUGGCCCAAAGCAAUUACAUAGACACUGUUCCAGAUUUUUCUUCGAUGCCAUCUUUAAGGGUGCUCGAUUUGUACAAUAAUAUUUUAGAGGAGGUAUCUUUCAAUAGCGAAAAGAUCGAAUCGAUAGAUCUUGAGAGCAACUACUUGAACACUGCUGAUUUCACCCAAUACGAAAGUUAUGCAAUGAAGAAAGGUACAUUAAGGAAAAACUACAAGAACACUAGUAACAGGUACGAUGGUCCAGUACCAAAGAGGAGAGAGAGUUUCAAUUCUUCUGGAUGUAUAACGAAUAAUACGUCUUCGUCGUUAUACUCGGAUGACGAGGAAACUGAGUCGACCGAAACUUUCAAUAGAAUAGAGUUGGAUGAAACUGAGAACUGGGAUUCGCCGGCGAAACCUUUUACGAAAAAUCCUGCGAUAGAUAGUGAAGACGAAGAGUGGAAAGGAUAUGAGGGAACUAGUGAGAGAGAGCCUCAAGUGAGGAAAGACAAAGUGUAUGUUGCUGAUGAAGAUUGGAUGUUUGAGGAUGCCGAUGGGUUUAUUUGAAUUUAUUGUUGUUUUUUGUAUCAUAAGCUGUGAAGUUUUGGCAAACAGUUAUUUUAAUGCGCAUGUUUUGAACCAUAUUAUAUUUAUCGAAAUUGAACCCAACGUUUUGUUGAAUAUAUUUUGUCAAGCAAGAUGAGGCAAUCUGUGUUAUAAUAUCAAUUCACCUCACACGGAAGUGAAAUUUAUUUAUUUAUAGUUUUUCAUCUUAUCUAAUAUCAAUUAUAAG